ACCCAAACAAAAUCUCCUACCGGGCCCUUCUCACCGUAUAUUCCAGGCCUCAUUUCGACCGUUCGAUUCGGAUCCUAUGGCCCUUAUUCAAUCUGUUCACUUCUAUAUACCCCCACAAACUCCAACGACGACCAUUUCCUAGUUUCACACACCACACACACAAGCUGAAUUGACACACACUAAAAAGCUCUGAUCUUUACCUCCAGCCGCGCUUCCACCACCACAAAACGCCAUCUCAACGAUGGCGUUUGCAGCCUUCACCCCCUCCGUUAACCUCCGCUUCCGCCCUCUGCCAACGCCAAAACCAAGGCGGCUCGCCACCCAAAAAGCCCUCCGCCCCACUACAAGAUAUAGAAUCAGGAAUAGUAUUAACAAUUCUAACAACACGUUUAGCUAUGAUCCUAUUCGUUCCACGAACCAAAACUCGGCAUCGGGGGGCCGCCAUGAAACCACUCUUAGCUUCCAUUGCAACCGGAGUUAUUAUCUGGUUUCUUCCCGCCCCCGAUGGUGUAUCGCGAAUCGCGUGGCAAUUGCUCUCUAUUUUCUUGGCCACCAUAGUGGGAAUUAUUACUCAACCAUUGCCGUUAGGAGCCGUCGCAUUGAUGGGUCUCGGAGCGUGUGUUUUGACGAAAACGCUUACAUUUGCCGCCGCAUUUUCGGCUUUCGGAGAUCCCAUUCCGUGGUUGAUUGCAUUAGCAUUCUUCUUCGCUCGCGGGUUUAUUAAGACUGGAUUGGGGAACAGAAUUGCUUAUCAAUUCGUUUCUUUGUUUGGGAGCUCGUCUCUAGGAUUGGGUUACAGUUUGGUAUUCAGCGAAGCCCUUUUGGCGCCGGCAAUUCCCUCGGUUUCUGCCAGAGCUGGUGGGAUUUUUUUACCGUUGGUGAAAGCUCUUUCUGUUGCUUGUGGUAGUAAUGUAGGUGACGGGACUGAGAAUAAACUCGGUUCUUGGCUAAUGCUUACCUGUUUCCAAACAUCGGUAAUUUCAUCAUCUAUGUUUUUGACGGGUAUGGCAGCGAAUCCAUUGGCUGCUAACUUAACUUUGAGCACGAUAAACAUGCCGAUUGGGUGGAUGGAUUGGGCUAAGGCUGCGAUUGUACCAGGACUGGUGUCAUUGAUUGUGGUGCCAUUUUUGCUGUAUGUUGUCUAUCCGCCAACAGUGAAGAGUAGCCCUGAUGCGCCUAAGCUUGCCAAGGAGAAGUUGGAGAAGAUGGGGCCGAUGUCCAAGAAUGAGAUGAUCAUGGCUGGAACUCUGCUUCUCACGGUGGGGCUCUGGAUCUCCGGAAGCAUCUUGAAUGUGGAUGCAGUUAGUGCAGCAAUUCUUGGAUUGACAGUCCUCCUUGUAACAGGGGUCGUCACUUGGAAGGAAUGCCUAGCUGAAUCAGUUGCUUGGGACACCCUUACAUGGUUUGCUGCACUCAUUGCAAUGGCUGGCUAUCUAAACAAAUACGGUCUUAUUUCCUGGUUCAGCCAAUCUGUUGUCAAGUUUGUUGGCGGAUUAGGUCUCUCAUGGCAGCUAUCAUUCGGCAUUCUCGUCCUUCUCUACUUCUACGCCCACUACUUCUUUGCUAGCGGGGCUGCACACAUAGGCGCAAUGUUCACAGCAUUCUUGUCCGUCGCCAGUGCUCUCGGCACUCCACCAUACCUCGGUGCAUGCGUUCUCUCCUUCGUUUCCAAUCUCAUGGGCGGCAUUACGCAUUACGGGAUCGGAUCAGCACCCGUAUUUUAUGGCGCUGGCUAUGUGCCGCUUGCGAAAUGGUGGGGCUACGGAUUCUUGAUCUCCAUCGUCAAUCUCAUUAUCUGGCUCGGUGUUGGAGGUGUCUGGUGGAAGGCCAUCGGCUUGUGGUAACUAGCUCCAGUUGCUCAUACAAUUUUCUAUGUAUUUUUCAACUUCAAUUUUUCUCAAAUUUUGGUUCGCUCUUGAUUUUAGUAGCUUAGCAGGGAGGUGCAUAAGGGAUACUUCACGUACAGUUGAGAGUCUAUCUUAGCUAAAAGUAGGAACUGUAAAAUUUUAGCGUUGAAACUGCAGAUUCAACUUUUUAAUCAAAUUUACCUGUUUCCUCCUCGUCAUUAA